CACUGGGUGAUUCAAAACCCUCCUCUACCAAUCAGCGCAUCCAUUCGGCACCCCCUCCCGAAAAGGAACAAGACUCGCUCGCCGCGUUCUCUCCGCUGUUCGUUGUUAUGAUGGGCCAACACCAUCCGACUCCCUCGGGGGGUUCGCUUGUCGGUAAUACAACAUAACAGUCAAUCAUAUGUGCUCCGUGCAGCUGUAUACCUUGUGUCGCGAGUCGCAGGGUGAUGAUUUGGGAACCCCCGGAGCCGAAUUCUGUAAGGCAAACAUAGCAUUACAGAGUUUGAUUGUGUUGUGAGAAGUAAACGGUUUGAUGCAUCUAAUAUGCAGCGGAACAAUUUUCGGUGCUCAAUGAUAUUCUGUGCGUCAUUUACGAAUGGGUGUAGGGAGCGGGCUUAGACGAGAAAGUGUUGAGACACAGAAAACGGUGAAAAAGAAGGAAAGCAUAAGCGAGUCUAGUCCUUCUCAGUAUGUAAACCUUUGAUUCUAUCAGACAAUACAGAAUUAGAAAGAAUCGGCGUAUGAUGGGUUUUCGCGCUUUCGUGACGGAUUUUUAUUUAAUAGUGAAUUGAAUUGUCAAUGAGAGGCAUACACCAUCUGUGUACACGCGUUGAUGCGCGCUCCAGCUAUAUCAAGUAAACGAGGCUUUCUGUGAAACUAUUUGGAUAUAUAACGGAGAGAAUUGUAGGUCGUGCUUAUUGUUUCUAGUUUGUCCUAAAAAUGUAGGUUGUCCGAUGGCAAUCGAAUCCUGUAUGCGUAUUGCUUAUUUUUAUAUGACUUUGUUAGCGACAUUUUUUAUAAAUCAAAACAACCCCCCUUACGCUCAUUCACAAACACGAGAGAAUUUGUAAGUACUCUACUAAUCACAAACCCAAUAUAUCGUAUUUAUAUACUCAUAUUCCAGCGAAGUUGGUACAUUGCUGGGCGUCAAAACGUGAAGAUUUUUUUGUAGAUAAACUCACGACGUCUAACGCCUCACGAUGUCGGAGGGACUUUCAUGGCUAUUUGAGGCAUGGGGCUCAGCCCAGCACUCGUACCUGGCUUGUCCCCCAACACCACAGGCGCCAACGGCUCAUAAUCAACAGCUGACUGUACAGUCUCAUACUGCCCAGACGCAAAUCCCGCCCCAAGCACCACCAAUUGCCCACGCUGCCCAAGCGUCGAUCGCGCACACUUCGAAUGUCCAUGCGGGUUUGCCCCCAGUGCCAGCACCUCUUCAUGCUGCCCCUCCGAAUCCGUUGCCCGCACCAACGUCGCAUAUUAAUACGGGUGCCCCACCGGCUUUCUUCUAUCGCGCACAACGAUUCGGCGCGAAGGGCCAACCACUCAGUGGCGUAAACUGGUGGUGCGAUGCAUUCGGUCCUUACCAAUUGGAAGGCCAAAACGGGUGGCGUGGUGUCGGACCUUUCUUGAUGCGUCCAGAUCUCGCUAGCAAACCUAACGUACUCUGCUGUAGCAAAAGUCGCCGGAAAAUCAACCCGUGUACAGCCAGAGUCAAUCUCAAGCCUGAUGGAACAAUUCUCCGAAGGCGUUAUUUCCACAAUCACCCUCCGGAACCCCAGAUGCCCCAGCCACAAGAGGGUGAGCUUCAGUUGCCACCUGUGCCAACGUUUGAAGAGGUAGCUGCCAUUGUUGCGACGACAAGGACAUUGAAGGUCAACAAACCCGAACCGGAACAACCACAAACGAUUCGAGUGUGGAAUGAAGAUAAAACUGAAAUGGUUGAGAUCGCCGUAACCGUGGAUAAUAGGCAGGACAUCGCAGACAAAGCUCAAGUGGUUGAAGUCAAUGGAAAGAAAGUGAUGCACUGCCCCGUUGUGUCGUGUUCUCGAAGUCUCGCGAAUCGCGCCGCCCUUCACCAGCAUCUAUUCACUCACAUUCAAGGCAAUCAAAAGCGCGGAGCUGCCGGUCUUACAGAUGAUAAACUCUGUCCACUCUGUCGUGCUGAGCAGGGCUCUCAUGAGAGUCUCGUUCGGCACAUCGUCGAUAUGCACGACACCCGACUCGAAUGCACGGAACACGAAUUUGAGACAAUGUCAGAUUUCCAACAAUGGAAGCGCCGCACGGAACAAGAGGACCUUUCAUCGUUUGAGUUAGGGAGGUGGGGUAAAAGUCACUUUUGUUGCUGUCGAGCCGGUCGCGUGGAGCCGGGCAAGCACGUGAAUGUACGAAGAACUCGAUUAGGCUUCGAAUGUCCUGCGGCUAUGGUUGUUCGAACAGACAAAGCCCAAGGUCAACCCAGUCGAGUUAGGGUUACGUAUUGGCGCACUCACCUGGGACACAUACCCAGUGUGCUGGACGUCCGAAUUUUAAAGGAACAAAGGGAAUGGAUUGUGUCGCUUCUGGAGGCUGGGCAUACAAAUCGAUCAAUUGUUGCUCAAGGCGCCAGCCGAUACUUCGGACCGCCGCUAAACAAAAUCCACAUGCUCACAGAAAGAUACCUGAGAAGAUUAGCGAGUGAGCUACAGGCGAGAACGGACAAGACUAUUGGUCCGGGUAUGAUUGAUGUCCCGAAAGCGUACGAGUAUGGUAAUACGGAUCAGCUGCGCUUGGCAUUAGCGGAUAUGAUUCACGAGGGUCUUAACCGUGAGGCUGACGAGCGUGCCCGGGUCGAGAGCGAAAAGGAUUGCGGGGUUAAUCGUCACGACGAGAAAAUUUUGGGUGGAUACGGAGUCCUCGAACAUGGUCGCACUGGAAGAUAUCAAGUGGUAAAACAUCGUUAUGAACAUAUCAAAGGCGAUCGACAGCAUCAGUCCAUGACAGUCGUGGUAUUUCCACGAAAGACUGCUCACAUGAGCUGCGAGAAGACGUGUCCCAUUUGCCAAGUUUGCGUGCAUAGGUAUGGGUGCACCUGUAGCGCCUAUAUGCUUCACGAUCGGAUGUGCGUCCAUAUUCAUCGUAUUGCGAGUCUAAAAGGGAAUCCCUCAUCUGAGUAUGUUCGUCCAGAUAUGAUUAAAGAGGACACAAUUGGAUUGACAGAGGCGCUACGUCGUCUACAAACACUCAAUCACCGAGAAAAAAUGAAACCACUUUUGCCGCUUGCUGAUGAACUAUUCGAACUUAUUAAGGCUAAUCGCACAGUGCAUCCAGAUCAGGUGGAAGCGUUUCUUCGACAGGGGCUCGCGAUGAUGAAAGCUCAUCCGCAGCUGCAACCGACGCGCGAUGAAGAAGCAGAUCUGGGCCCGCAGCCCAUUGACUCGGCCGAGGCCCGCAGAUAUAUGCGAUGCAAACACCCGGACAACCGUUCCUACAACGUUAUCUCAUCCAAUUGGGACAGAAAUUGUAUGAUCGUCGGUGUGGAGCCGGGAACAACGAAGAUCAAAGAUGAACCAUUAGACGAGGACAUAAAGCCACCUAAAGUGCCAUCUCCAGCGAAUAAGGAACCCCAACGCCAACCCGCAACCGUGAAGUCUGUGGUCGUCAAGAUGUCGGGUCCCCUGUCUAAAACUAGUCAGCAGGCUCGAUUAAACCAUCCUGUCGCUCCACGAAAGCGCUUCCCAGGUCAGGCCAACGAUUCAGAGGCUGGACCAUCAAAGAAAACCAAGUUCACUUCGGUUCAAGCUCCUGUUAGCGGACUGGCGGGAAAACAGGUGGCUGGUCGCCGGGGGAAGGAUAAAGUUGUCCUUAUGAAAUCAAAACGAAUUGUUGUAGUAAAACCGGACUCUCUUGGCGUUCGACCCUCCGGACCGUACUCGACAGGUCCAACACUUAGCUAUAGUUAUGCUACCUCAACGGCAAACAGUUUUACGCACACUCGAACUCCUAAAACAUCUCAUCGAAAAAAUGCAUCAUUAAACAAGAAUCAAUGGACGGCAGCUGUGCAGCUUCCGCCUACGAGUCAUACUCAAUCUCAAGCAGACUUUGUCGUAAUACGUCCUGGUGAUUUAGGCAUGUCCACUGGCAGUUCAUAUCAUCAAAAAAUAGUACCAUCAAACCAUCAAGUAAGUUCUGUACCACACGAUACACAACAACCACAGCAAGAAGAACCUCAACAGCAGCAACAGCAACCGACAGAAAGCAUAGGCGACGCCUCGUUCGAGGACGCAUUCGAACAACCCAAUCCAACGCACUCUGGUAUGCCUCCGGGAGUGGAACCCCUUCGGCCGAAACAGGAGCCCGUUGACGAGAAUGUCGUAAGUGGGGAUGGCAAUCCCAAAGAUUCAACGUUUACCCUGACGCAACUAUGAGCAUCCACAGCUAGUGACAUUAGGUUAUGAUACGAAACACUGAAUUAAAAUUCAGUCACAGGAAUGCAAAAGGACAACAAAAAGAUGAACCUAUGCAUUACGUUCGUGUAGAACUGGCAGAAUUAUGGUGAAGUCCGAUAGCCUGUACACGUUGUGCCACGUCUCUAUAAAGCUUAUGUGUCCAUUGGACAAUGAUAAUAACAACAAUAAUAAGUAUAAAUUUAGACUCCAUCCAAUACACUUGUGUUUUAAGCGCCACGUUCCGUAUUUAGACUAAGAGGAGAAAGAACGUGAUAGAAAUAGUCAUUUACUAUACAAUCUAUAAACUGCAUUGACAGUGUGUUUUUUUUUAGUAGCAAGUUUUCGGGAAUGGUGCAACGAAACGUGUAAGGUUGAGCAAACACUCUGCAGAGUUUAUCCAUUCGAGUAGAUCUGGUGACUAAACUUGAAAAACAUAAACAAUUUAUUAGAUGUGUGCUGGUUAGACUGAUCAAGUACGCACAUAAGACGUACAGAUUAUUAAGGUUUGGUAAAGUAAUACGCAGGGUUUCAUAGGAUAUCGAUUUUGUCCAUUUUGAGUAAAGUUUUCCGCCCUGGACUUGACUAUGGUAAGCUUUACGCACUACUAAGUGUUGAAUGGGCCACAUAUUUAAUAAAUACCAUUUGAUACGCAAUGUGUUCAGGAACUUCUUGUAGAAAUUUAUCUUGAACAUUUUUGUAAAUUAUACGGAUAACAGCAACGACUGGCGUUCCUUGCGACAAUGGCGUCUCAACUGAACUGUACAAUGAAGACAGGAAAGCUUUUCUGUAUUGAUAAUCAUGUGUAUAUACAUUCAUGCAGUAGAGCGAAAAAUCGAAUGACGGGAUACCAAAUAACUUAGGUUAAAUUUAUACAUAUAAUAAAUCUUAUCAUAUGCAGUAACUUGUAUAUGCAUGAACAAGCUGCAUGGACUGAGGUGUGAAUGAACCAGGUGUAGACAGCCCUUUCUUAUGAAAUUCCCUACAGAAAACGUGGUAGAUAGUUACGUUAAGAGUAAACUAAAAGAAGAAAAUAUUUCAAUAGGGCAUAUUAUAAAAGCGAAGAAGUAGUCACGCAGUUAAUUUCUAUACAUUUCUCUUAAAUGUGUAAUAUAAAAAAAAUUAUCCUAACUUAUAAUGAAAUGAUUAGGUACAUGUGAUAUAUAUGUCAAAAUAUUUGUGAACACUUAUCUGAAAUAAACUGCGAUUUUCUUUUUUUUUUGAAGAAAUAUCCUGCUUACUUGGUUAUAUCUUGGUUAUAUGAGUUAAUGAUACGGACAGUAAAGCUAUUCCGAAAAUUUAGGGAUUUUACGAAAAUUUACGAAAUUUAGGGAUACAUGAGAUGACCUAGGUUCGAAGUCGGCCAUAAACAAACUUACUUUGGUGCUAAGAGUUAGCAGUCUGAAGUAACGCGCAAUGGAAGUGCCGAACAUAAAACCCAGAAUAUUAAUUGGGUUCAACACCGGGCGUAAACGCAGUUCGUUUAACGCUAAGAGCGAGUUGUCCGAAGCAAUGUUGAGUUGGAUUAAAACUUGAAACAUUUAUUAGGUGCGGUAAAUCUAGUAAUCAAGUAAUAAAAGAAUGUUGGUGACGUAGGUUCUUCCAUACCAUAGUAAUUAAAUUAUUUAAAAUAACUUCAAUAUAUACCAAUAGGUUCUUCGCUUUUGUAACUUCCACUGAGUUGAAAUUAUAGAAUAUAUUGCUAGUUGCUUCGUAGCUAUCCUAAUGGCCAUUAGGAGACAAUAUAGGUAGGUUAGUAUUCAAUUAACCACUCCUUUAUAGAUCAAGCAAUUUUAAAGCGCCCUCUAUAAGACGAACCUCUUUAGCUGCCCAACAUUAUUUUAUUGUGAAAACCGGAAAUUAGUAAAGGAUAUUUUUUAAACAUCAUUCAUGUUUCGCGAGCAAAAGGCCACAUGACAUUUUUUUAAUAUAUUCUUUACACAUGCUGCUUUAACGUUUUUGUUUUAAAAAUUUGCGUACCUGUCAGUCAAUAAACGUUGUCCGAUUGACAUACAUAUAUAAGUUCAUCGCUACAAACCACAUUAUCUUAAUGCCUCCUCUUGACGUGUUACACCAUUGCGUA